AUGAUUUUUCGAUGGAUAUUGCUACUAUUAUUAUGUUCAUUGUUAUCAAAUUCAGAAGUCAUAUGUAAGAAAAUCUUCUAGAUUUCUGAAAAAAAAGUUCAUGUUUUUCAGUGAUUACUAUGGAUGCAAAUGACAAUUUUGCUGAAACUGUUUUAUUGCAUUUGAAUAUUUCCAAACAAUUUUAUGUGGAUAAAUUACGGAUUGAAACGGUUACUUUGAAUAAAAUUGUGAUGGAUGAUGAUUAUAAUAUUACAUCAGGUAUGAAGGAAGGUGUAGGUGAAGUUUUGGAUUUUGAACCUAGAGGUUCAAUGUAAGAAAUUUUUGCUUCUGAACUUGUGAUAACCCAAAAACCAGUUCCAGAAUUUUUUUUAAGUUUGUUCCAAAACUAUUUUCUGUGAAGUUUAUGUGUUUGCGUACAUAUAAAUUUCAAAAAUUUCUAUAUUAGCUGAUCAUUGUAACGGACUUUGCACUCAAAAUUUAAUUUUUUGGGUACGAAAAUAUCGAAUUUCGAAUAAUAACUAGGUUUUCGAAAAAGUGGAAGAGUGGGUGGAUAUUUAUGGGUCCAAAGAACAUUUGAAAAUUUGUUGAAAUGAAAACAAAAAAUCUCAAUCAAGCUAAAAAUUUUUAAUUACAUGAAAAAUUUACGAAAAAUGUUCCUGGAGGAUCAUAGCAUCCUAAUACAUUCGAGAUUGAUUUUCAAAAACCUCUCUUACAAGAAAAGAGUUUCAGUUUGUGAUUCAAUGCAAAAUGUGUCAUUCGUAAUCAGUAUUUGCCGUUCUACUCGAUCAAUUGAGAUAAUUCAUGAACUGGCACAAAUGUCACAAGUGCCUACAAUUCAAGUGGAUUUCAAUUACUGGCCGUUACCUCUCAAUUUCAAUGGUUGGUCUUGUCUCAAAUGAAACAUUUUUUGAUCUACGCACAUUUUUUGCAGAAACCAAGAACGAUGUUUCAACAACCUCGAAUUCUUAUGUCAAAAUGGUUAUGUCGACGUUGGUGUUUCAAAAUGUUAUUACAGAUAUUUUUGCGGAUCUGAACAUCACACCAAACACUACAGUUUUGUAUGAUAAUAUUUUCCGUAAGCAAACAAAACUGGUUCAUAAGAUAACAAUGACUUUUUCUCAUUCCAGCACCAGAUUUCAAAUCAUGGAAAGGAGCGUUUUCUGCAAUACCGGGUGUCAGAUUUCUGUCGAUGGAAACAACAGUUCUAAAAAUGCGGGCACAAAUCGCAAUGCUCAAACAAAACUCGAUAAACUCAUUGAUUUUUGUCGCGAAAACUGA